AAAAAUUAGAUCACAAAUUCACAAGUCUGUGCCAAAACCUCGCGCUGGCUAAACCCUAGCGUAUCUGUAUCUUUUCUGCAUAAGUCGUCUUCUUCUUCCUCCGCCAUUCCCCCUUCCCGAGUUGAGCUGCGUCGACUCACCAAACUCGGAAAAUGGCGGACACGGUGCAGUACCGCCUGGAGCGCAUGGUCGAGGAGCUCGAUGACCUAGAGCGUCGAGGACUGUUCACCCGCCGGGAGAUAGCCGAGAUUGUUAAGCAGAGGCGGAAGUUCGAGUACAGAUUGAAGCGCCCCAGUCCUCUAAAGCAGGACUAUUUGACCUACAUAGAUUACGAGACCCAGCUCGACACGCUUCGCCGCCUUCGCAAGAGAUCCGUGGCCCGGGAUCUCGAUAAGAAGAAGGAUAACAAGAGGACGAAGCUCUCGGUCUCUGACUUCGCCGGAGUGUCGAGGAUUGUCGAGAUUUAUCGGCUCGCCGUGUUGAGAUACAAGGGGGAUGUCGACCUCUGGCUUCGUUAUUUGGAGUUCUGUAGGGAGCGGAGCAAUGGAAGAAUGAAGAAGGUCCUAGCUCAACUAAUUAGGUUUCAUCCAAAGGUUCCAGGAGUUUGGAUUUACGCCGCAGCAUGGGAAUUUGACCAUAAUUUGAAUGUUGCAGCAGCUCGUGCCCUUAUGCAAAGUGGUUUGAGGGUGUGCCCGACUUCAGACGAUCUCUGGGUAGAGUACCUCCGGAUGGAGCUCACAUACCUCAACAAGCUGAAAGCAAGAAAGGUUGCUCUUGGAGAGGGCAGGGGAAGUCUGGUUCGUGAAGAUGGAGAUGCUGGUGAAAAAGAGUGGAGAGAGGAUAACCAAGAUUUAUUCUUGUCACUUGAUGAGGAAAGGAAAAAUGUUGAUGGAUCAAACACUGACAAUGAGGAGUCCGAGGAUAAAGUAGAUAUAUUUAAAGAGCAAGGUCAGAACAUUCUCCAGGCAGUUUAUAGUGGUGCAGUGGAAGCCUUGCCUUCAAGUUUUAGCCUUAGAGAGCGGUUACUCGAGAUAUUGGAAGCCACAGACUUGGCACAUUCAGAAGACAUGCGUGAAAGGAUCCUAAGUGAUAUGAAAAGAGACUUUUCAAAGGAUCCCAAAUACUGGGAAUGGCUUGCUAGACGUGAACUGAGACAUUCUCAAAGUAACCAGGGAAUAAGUGAUGAUCUCAUGCUGGAACAAUUACAGAAGGCAGUGAAGGUCUAUGAAGAGGCUUUAGAAGUUGUGCCUUCUUCUGUUAUGUUUGACCUGUACACAAAAUUUUUGAUGGAUGUUGUCGUCCCCAAAGAUGGAAACACCCAGUUGUGUAUUUGUACAGAAGAUUGGAUUUCACGUCUUUUAACGGCAUAUGAGAAGGCCGAGCUAGUAGGGUGCAUGUCAGAGGAUCUAGCUUGCAGAUAUGCUUCAUUGUAUUUGCAAUUGGGAAGAUUUGAUGAAGCCCGAAAAUUGGCAAGAGACCUUUGCAGUGGAGAUCUUGCAAAUUCAUCUAAGUUAUGGCUCUUAAGGGCCUCCAUGGAAAUUAGACAUUGCACAAGGGAUGCUCUUUCGCAAAGUAAGGCCAGCUUGGAUUCCAUUUUUGGUUUAAUUAGAGACGCGCUGGCUAAAGUGCCACUAUCAAAGUCGGAGGAACUUUGGCUCAUGGCACUCAAGUUCUUUGCUCUUGAAAGGGAUUACUCUGAUAAGUUGGUUGAGAUGUCUAUUACUGCUGUAGCUAAAAGUGCCGGCAGUGAUUAUGGAUUCUCACUCUCUUCUGCAGUAGUAAACUUUAUCCUUCACAAAGAUGGGCUCCAGGAUGCUAGAAAGAUAUAUGGGAGAUUUCUUGCCCUUCCUCAUCCAGACCUUUCUUUGUACAGAAAGUGCAUUGAAUUGGAACAGAACCUCGCCUCUCUUGGUGACAAGCAAUGCCUUGUAAAUGCUCGGAAGUUGUACGAUUCUGCACUCUCAACUUACGACCAGGACUUGAGUUUGUGGCAAGAUUACUAUUCGAUGGAAAUUAAGAUGGGAACGUCAGGGACUGCAAAUGCUGUACAUUGGCGAGCAAGGAAGACGCUGAAAAACAAUGCUGCAGCUUUGAUAGCUUCUCCAGAUCCAUUGUCGAUGGAUGAGUAUAGUUCCAGAACAGGCCCAAUCUCUUACAAUGGCGACUCAUCGAAGCUGCGGCGAGCUCGGUUUCCAGCUCGACAGCAGUGUCACUGUGAGAAGCCAGAGGAAGUUUUGCGGCGAGGGCAGGGGUUUAGGGUUUUUGAAGGGCUCACUGGUCGGCAAGGACAGGGGACGAAAGAAGCAGACGUGAGUUUGGUUGGGAAGUCCGAGGAGAUGAAGUCGGUGGUAGGAGUCGUCGUUUCUAACAAGAUGCAGAAAUCGGUGGUGGUCGCCGUCGACAGGCUCUUCCACAACAAGGUCUACAAUCGCUACGUCAAGCGCACCUCCAAGUUCAUGGCCCACGACGAGAAAGACGCCUGCAACAUUGGAGAUCGGGUGAAAUUGGAUCCUUCGAGGCCAUUGAGCAAGCAUAAGCGUUGGGUUGUUGCGGACAUUCUGAAGAAAGCACGGAUAUACGUUCCUCCUUCUGCGGCUAAUCAGACUGCAUCAACUGCUUCGUCUGAACUUGCAGCGUCUUCAACCUCUUAAGGCCAUAUGUAUUGUCCAAGACAUCAAGAAGGCUUCAGAGAAAAGCAUCUAGGUGACACAAUCUCAGAUUUGCUCAUGGUGAAGAUUUUCUUACGGCUGAGGAUCGUUGUCUGGAUUUUGAACUGAUUAGCAUUUAUGAGGUCUUGUUGUUUCUUGAACUCGAGGAAAAGAGGGAUUCGGGCUUUAGUUUACAGCCCUUUUUGUGUGAUAUGCUGACUAGAUUUCCAAAUAAAUCUGUUUUUCUUUUUCUAGUCAACUUCCUGGUGGCCAAUCUUAUUGCAUUUCUGUCUGCAAGUGAUCUUCAUUCCGCAAAACAGACAAGUUAUUUUCAAUGCUUUCUUAUUAAAGAAGUUAACUUUUCGGUUUCGCAUUGCAUAUAUCAGUGCAUUUGAUAACAUAUGUUGACUACGUUGUACCUCGGCUUCCACGUGCAGCAUGUAUCAGUGCAUGCUGUGUCGUGUUAUCUCCACCUGUGUUGUGCAUGAGCUCCAUUGCUUACCUGGUGACAGCCAAUCCUCUUGAUUAAAGUUUUUUACCUUCCCCUUUAGCUCUAUAAAUCUAGGACUACACUUUUUCUUAUUCGCAUUCUACCUAUGGAUCAAUCUGGCCCCUCCAGUCCAUCUGCUCCUAAGAAAACUAUUCGAAGGAGGAAAAGGGUGGUAGAUUACAUUGGUGUUCGUACGAGGGCGUUGGGUAAGUUUGCUGCUGAAAUUUCUGUUCCAAGAAUGGGGAAAAGGUUGUGGUUGGGAUCAUAUGAUGCAGCAGACAAGGCAGCUAGAGCAUAUGAUGCUGCCCUGUAUUGUGUCCGUGGUGAGUGUGGGAAAUUCAAUUUUCCAGGUGAUAGACGGCCAGAACUCCCUAAGGCCCCCAUGGAUUCACUGUCAGAAGCAGAGAUAAAGGCCAUUGCUAAUAAAUUUGCUUUCUCGCGAGGCACUUCAGGCUUAACCUUGGUGUCUUCUUCUUCUUCUUCUUCAGUUAGAACACCGGUGCAUGCUGAUAAAUCAGAUUCUGAUUUACCAGUUUCUAGUGCAGCUGCUAAGAAGAGGGCAUCCGAAGAGAAGGGGGCAGAAGCAGCGUCAGAAGACUCACUUGAUGAUCUUGAAAUGGAUGAUUUUCUGACGCUGGACCUUGAAUGGGUAGAUACCCUUUAAGGUGAUCCAAUGUUUUCAACAUGGUAUCAAGGGAACCAAAGCAUAAACAACCUUUUUAGCUUUCUUCUAUUUCCCAUGUAACUUUCAGUUAUGAUUGUGGUUCUUGGAUUAUGUGGAAUUGUGAGAAGCUUGGUUUUGAAGUUCUUAAUAAUGUUAUUUGCUUAUUGUGGGUAUUGGAACCAAGCCUGCAACUUGACCAGCAAUAGCAGUAGAAUUAUGAGUUUGUGUGCAGAGUGUGCUUGCCCUCUGGCGAGAUUCCUUUGGCAGCUAGGAUUGCUACUGCUUAAGUGAAGUUUAUCUUGAUCUUAUUUUCGAUUCAGUGAGUUCUGCAUUUGGG